AUACUCAGAGAAACAGAAACAAGUUUCAGCAUCAUUGUCCAGUCAAAUUCAACAUCAGUUACUUUCCAUAAUGUCAUCACUGGCUGCUGAUUUGGUUUCCUUGUUGUAUCCAUAAGAAACAAAAUUCACAAUUCCCAAAUAAUAAGUAUAAUAUAGAGCCAUUGAUAUGUUACUUUUUUGUUUCUACGUCCCUCAUUUCACCUCCACACUAUAAAGUAAAUGCUUUCUGCAGAAAACAGCAUGAAUCUGAUUAGUGUGAAGCUCUGAAGCAGUCUUCUCUAUGUUGUGCUUACUUUCAUGCACUCCUUGAGCCUUUGGCCAUUGCAUGCAACUAUGGUCUCUUGAUCAGAGAUACAAAACCUUUUUACAUGAGAUUGAGAUCAAAAUGGCAUGUGAGUUCACCUUGGUAUCUGUAAUUCAGUGUCUCACACAGGUUUUACAUUUUUUUUUAUCAUUUUUCGCUUAAGAAAUGUUCAUUGUUUUACCCUUAAAUGCAGGACUUAUGUUGGGUUUGAAUGCUUUAAUGCUCUUGACACAAGUAAGGGAGAUAGCUGUUGUGAGAUUUUGUGUUUCUCUUGAUACUCAAAAAUCUUGAUCUUUCCUUGUUUAUUUAGAUUUUCUUUAAGUUUUUUUUUGGUUCCGGCUUAAAAUGUCAGGUUUUGGCACCGAAUCUUACUCGGCUUGACCAAGAUUGUGUUUAGUUGAAGAUACUUGUGAUCUCAUUCAAAAAAUGUCAUUUCCUAGGCAAACUCAGAAACAAGGAAUGGAAUGUAAGAGAGGAAAAGAGAAAGCUCCAGCCAAAGAAGAAAACAUAAACACAUUGAGGAAAAUUAAAAUUGUGUACACUGACCCUGAUGCCACAGAUUCUUCCAGUGAAGAAGAUGAUAAGUUUUUGAGCAAUGGUUAUCGGUUAAAUGGAUGUUCUAAGCGGGUUGUCAAGGAAAUUUCGCUUCCAUGCAUGCCAAGCAAAUUACAUGAAGAGAAUUCUUCACAAGAAGAUGUCAAUAGUGAAAAGAUCAAAGCAAGUAGGAGGAACAGGAAACCAUCAAGCAUGUACAAAGGAGUUCAACGUAGGAAAUGGGGGAAAUAUGUAGCAGAAAUAAAAGACCCUAUUCGAGGGGUCAGAAUGUGGCUUGGUACUUUUGAUACUGAAGAAGAGGCUGUUGUGGCAUAUGAGAGAAAGAGGAAUGAGUUUGACAGCUCUUUGUUGGCUUUGAGCAAAAGGGAUGCAUUGGCUUGUGAAAGUUCCAAAGAAAAAGAAGUAUUGUUUCAUCCAUCUCCGUCAUCAGUGCUUGAUGUCAGCACUACAAAAGCUCCACUAGAUGUUAAUGACCUUAAUGGCUCAGUCAAAGAAAAGGCAAAUGUGGAAACAAAUGGUGAAGGAGGAGGCAUUGAUGUGGAACCAGUUUAUAGUGAAGACAAUUCAAUUUUGCAUUUGCUAGAGGAGCCAGUUGUGGCAUCAUUGGCUGGUCGUGAUGAUUUCUAUUUGGAUGAAAUAGAGAAAGAGACAAUGCUGCUUGGUAAUGACUUUUAUAAUUUCUUGGACAAUGACAUGAAAGGUGGUUCUGUGUGGAAUGUGGAACAUGGGGAGGGCACCACCCUUCCCCCUGUAGACAGUGCUUUUGAAGAGUUAGCUUGGAUUGAUGAAACUCUAAAUUGGGAAUGUUCCUAAAUUUUGUAGUUAAGUUGGUGAAACUAGUGGUACAAUUAUUACAAAGUAUAUAGGCAACCAAAUGAGUUUAAGCAUGUUGCAUUCAA